UAUCAAUCCCACAAUCCCCCGCACCGGCGGUGUAUUCAUUUGAAUGGUGGAACUCUGAGUCGCUAGCGAACCUGUUCGGAAAGAAGUUCGAAUCACUUUAUCACUGUUUGGAUGUAUUCUGAAUAGAACCCCAGAUACGACGUGCAAUGACUCGUGUCCCUUAUUAUUGCAGCUGGUAGGAAUACCUGGCAACGGGACGUCUUUAAGGUCAACCAGAAUAAACCCAAUGGCCCGUCGCCCUAUUGGCGCUGAAUAGAACAUGAAGCAGGUGGAUAAUGUAAAUAAGGAAGAAUUAGAUAAAAAAAGAUUUCAAACGCGUUACGGCGUACACAGUCGUGGCCAAGUGUGCAAGAGGAAGGGUUGUCAGUUGGAGGAGGUGGGCUCAAAGCUGCACCGCAGCGCAUCCCAUGUAGGCCGUGUCCGCAAACCCGGCAUGGCCAACAAAGAGAAUGAGCUGACCUGCCCCGAUGAUGUGCGGGGCGCUCACUGCAAUGACAAGCGUGGACUCCCUCUGAACUCUGCAGAGGCCUCUAAGAUGGCAGGAGCCAGCUCCAAGUACAGCGACUUAACUGAGCUAUCAAAGGACCAUGAAGCUAUGACUGGCAUCCUUUUUGGGAGGAAUCUUCGCCUUAAAGUAGCAUUAACACUAUGGCAGAAAAAUGCCAGCGAAUUAGUGGCUUACCUUCUCAGAAUUCAAGACACGGGAGUGCUGCUUGACUGUUUACCUAUCUUAACAAAAAAUCUGCAAACUGAAGCAUCACGUUUGUCACUUGGCUGCUGCAAUGACCUCAUGCUCCAAGUCAAAGUGAUUCUUGCCAGUAAAUAUGAAGAACACAUACUGGUGGGGUUACACUGGGUUCAAGCUGUCAUUAGAAAAUGGCAGCUGGAACUAGCAAAGCAUGAGAAACAACUGCGGGACAGUUGUUCUGAAGACAGGAAUAUUGAAAUUAUGAAACAACGGCUGAAGGACCUGUGGAAGGAAGGAACACGAUUAUGUUUGAUUCCAGGAUCUACAGGAGAACAGGCAAAGCUCAUUGAGGCUUAUCUAUCACAGCUACCCUGACAGCUGUCAGCGUAGCGCUCUGGGGAUGUGACCACCACUACUGUCGGAUCAUGGCUGUGUAUGGAACUGAUAGUGAUGCCAGAGAAACGGACUGUUUCACUCUGCAGCCGAAACUCAAACGUCUUAACUCGGACUGAACCUGCCAGUUUAGAUGACCCCAUUGGGUCGAGCUGGAGAUCCACUCAGCAAACGACUGCUUCAUAUUGAAGUGGACCUCUAUGGGACUGGGUCUAACGUAGCUCCAUGAAGUGCCAAGCUCUUUGUCUCUUACUGCACCACUCCACUCUCUGCCAUGGAAUGCAAAAACACUAGUGGAUGUAAUGAAUGCGCCGCAGUUUUGAUGUUUUGCACCUGACUCCUCUGGAACCAGGAACUUGAAUCAGUCUUAAGUUAUUAGAGCUUGUUUUCAUGUUUUGUCUCGUGACAUUUUACACUAUACAGUCAAAAUAAGUGAUUCUUUUAAUCUUUUAAAUAAAUCUGAUUAAACUUGA